ACACUGCAGUACCAUCACGGGGAAAAGAGGGCUGGACAUGAUGAUGCACGAAGAGCAUGAAAGUGAAAGUGCAGAAGGAGAGGGCGGGCUGCGUUUUAACACUUGUAAUCAUGAUUGUUUUUUGUGUUAUUGUCCUCCUUCUUCCUGUGUGUGGGUCAGUGGCUUUGGCUGGAUGGGUGCAGUCACCUGGAUAUCCACGAGGGUACGAGCCCCAUUCUAACAUGACCUGGAAAAAGUGUGCUACGACCGGACACAAAAUCACGCUCACUCUCAUACAUUUGGACCUAGAAGAAAGCUUUGAUUGCGAGGACGAUGCCUUGAAGCUAUUUGCAGAUGAGAUGCUUCUUUCAAAUCUAUGUGGACGGAAGUCCAUGAAGGAGCUGCAGGCAUCUGUCAAUCCUUUCCUCCACUCUUCCUCUGGUGGUUGUCUCUCUAUUUCCUUUCUUGCAGACUACUCGAACAGUGAGAGACACACUGGAUUUAUAGGCUUUUACACAAUACAGGAUGUUAAUGAGUGUAUGGACCCUGAAAAUGAGUGCACCCAACUCUGCAACAACUACAUUGGAGGCUAUCGCUGUUUCUGCAGGCCAGGUUACAACCUUGACUCUGAUAAGCACACCUGCAAAGUGAGCUGCAGUGAAGAUCGCACAGGGUCACAAGAAGGUGUGUUGUUGUCACCUGAGUGGCCUGAGCCGUACCCAGAAAACUCUUUGUGUUCUUACAUUCUGGCCGUAGAAGAAGGUCUGCAGUUUGAGCUGACAUUCACUGGAGUGUUUGAUUUGGAGAAGAAAGAGAAUGGAGAAUGCAUCGACUCCUUAACCAUAAAAACUCCCUUUGGUCACGUUGACACAUUUUGCGAAAGGGAUGUCCCUUCGUCCCUGCUCACAGGGUCUCAGCGUGUUGAGAUUAUCUUCAGGACAGACCAUAAAGGAGCAAACCGAGGUUUUAACCUCUAUUACAAAACAAAAGUAAUGAAAUGUACUGGACCUGUGACACCAAAAUCUAGUCUGAACCCGCAGCUUUUGGAAUAUUCCACAGGCGACAAAGUGACCGUGAAAUGCGACAAAGGACAUGUAUUGAAAUCACAGGUAUCAGCUGAAGUUCAGUAUAACGCCACAUGCCAGAAGAAUGGACAGUGGAGUCCUGUUAUUCCCUGCGAACCUGUGGAUUGUGGCAUUCCGGAGCUUCCUGAAUUAAUGGAGCUAUCAGAUGAAGAUCCUUCAACAACGUAUUUGAACCAGAUCAGUCUUAAGUGUGCAAAUAAAUAUUAUCAAAUGGAUAAUAAUGGUAAUUUUACCUGUAAUGCUGAGGGUAAAUGGGAGUCUGAGAGUGGUCAAAAUGAUUUGCCUAAAUGUCAACCAGUGUGUGGAAUUAAUACAGAGGCCUCUUUUGAUGGCAGAGUCUUUGGUGGGAAGCCAGCCAGAUUGGGACAGAUUCCCUGGCAGCUCCUUCAUAGGCAAAAUCCCAGAGGUGGUGCAUCUCUGAUCAGUGAUUACUGGGCCCUUACAGCUGCUCACGUAGUGGAUGGAUAUGAAAAUGGGGCCAUGAAUUGGUUAGGUGGAAUAAUUGAUGGUCAGGACAAAAACCCAGUCACUAUUGAGACAGAAAAAAUAAUCAUUCAUCCAGGAUACCAAAAAGUAGGACUGGGGAAAAACCAAACAAACUAUGAUUAUGACAUCGCGCUAAUCAAAAUGUCUAAAAGAGUGUCUCUAGGUACAAACUUAAGGCCAGUGUGUCUGCCUAAGCAAGCAGAUGAACCUGUGAAAGAGGGCACAGUCUCAGGUUUUGGAAUAUUUAAAAGAAAUACAGUUAGUAGACGUCUGCUUUAUGGACAUGUCCAGAUACAUCCACUUGAUGAAUGUAAUUCAGUAGGUUUGCCUGUCACUGAUAAUAUGAUCUGUGCUGGAGGAGACGAAGUAGACAGUUGUCAGGGUGAUAGUGGUGGUCCUUUGUUUUCUCCUGUUCUGGGCUACGGGUCUCUAGAAAAGCCCUAUAGUCUUACAGGCAUUGUAUCAUGGGGCCCUUCUGGAUGUGGGCAUGAAGGCUUUAAAGGCUACUAUACUAAAAUCCAAAACUGCCUGGAUUGGAUCAAGGAAACCAUGGAAAACAACUAAUAUGAAAUCACUGAAAUAAUAUACACCUACACCUGUUGUUAAUUUUACCAUCUGCUGUAUCUGAUUAACAUAUACCCAUCUGCUAUUUUCACAUAAUCACAUUGAAUUUUAAAACUUUUGUAUUAAGUUGUUUUAUACUAACCAGUAAAAGAGUUUACAUUA